AAGGGGCCAUAAACCAGGGCUUGUUUAUGUAGCUGGGAAAGGAAGGGAGGGGGAGAUAACAUUUCUUUUCCUUCUUUCACACAAAGGGCAUUUAUUUGACAACUACAUUUCUCCUGCAGCUGCAUCCUUAUCUAUCCUUACAAGCAACAGGGAAGGGUCAAAUAUGGCAAUUUAUUUAUUAAACAAAGAAAUAAACUGCCCACUUUUGCCUUUGUCCCCUAAUGCCAUGUCAGCGCACUAGCAGCUUAUUGCAAUACUUAACCCUAAAAUAUCCCAACAGACCCAUCCCACCCCCCUCUCCAGACUACGGUGCCCCUGCCCCCUCCCUCAAACUGGACCAAUCCCUCCCCCUCCACAGACAACAAUACCAUCCCCCAAAACUGGACCCGCCCUGCCCCCCCAGAUGACGGCACCCCACCACCCCAAAUUGGAUCCGUCCUUCCCCUCCCCAGAGGAGGGCACCCCCUACCCCAGACUGGACGCAUCUGCCUCCCCUCCCCAGACUAUGGCACCCCCCCGCCACUCCCCUAAACUGGACUUGCCCCUCCUACCUCCCCAGACAACGUUGCCCCCCUAACCAUACUGGACACAUUUUGCCCCCUCCUCAGACGACAGCACCCCCCUGCCCCAAAAUGGACUAAUCCCACCCCUCUUCCCAGAUUAUGGCGUCCCCAGCCCUCUCCCCAAACUUGACCCAUCCUGCCUCCCCCUCCCCCAAACUCAACCUGUCCUGCCCCCAUCCCCAGACGAUGGCACCCCCCAUGCCCCAAACUGGACAUGUCCUGCUCCCCUCCCCAAACGACGGUGCCCCCUGACCCAACUAGACCCAUCCCAGCCUCCUCCCCAGACGAUGGCGUCCCCUGCCCCUCCCCCAAACUCAACCUGUCCCACCCCUCUCCCCAGGCAACACUGCCCCCGGCAUCUUCCCCCAAACUGGAUCUGUCCCGCCCCCUGCCCCCAAAUUGGACAAAUCCUGCCUCCCUCCCCAGAAAAUGGCACCCCUGCGCCCUCCCCAAAAUGGAACCUUCUGUGAGGAAGUGGGGGGUUAUCCUUGUUACGUUGUAUGUGAGUCUUACUGUUGAGACUAUGUGAGUUUUUCUGUUUUGCAUGAAUAAUGUGUACCUCAGUUUCCCUGUGUGCUGCACCAAUACCUGGGUGGUAGGAAUAGGGGUGUGUCACUUUGGCUGAGACCUCUGGGGCAGGUGAGGCUGUUCCAGCUGUCUGCAUGUAUGCUAUGACUGAUGCCCUUUGUAACCUGAGACCCAGGAGGGGGAUGCACCAGGUGAUGACCAGCUGACUCUUUGCCCGGGAAGCAAGACAAAGACAAGGAGGAGGGCAACAUAAGAACAGAAGAAUAGCCACACUGGGUCAGACCAAAGGUCCAUCCAGCCCACUAUCCUGUCUACUGACUGUGGCCAAUGCCAGGUGCCCCAGAGGGAGUGAACCUAACAGGUGAUGAUCAAGUGAUCUCUCUCCUGCCAUCCAUCUCCACCCUUUGACAGAGGCUAGGGACACCAUUCCUUACCCAUCUUGGCUAAGGUUAAUGGACUUAACCCCCAUGAAUUUAUCUAGUUCUCUUUUAAACCCUGUUAUAGUCCUAGCCUUCACAACCUCCUCAGGCAAGGAGUUCCACAGGUUGCCUGUGCGCUGUGUGAAGAAAAACUUCCUUUUAUUUGUUUUAAACCUGCUACCCAUUAAUUUCAUUUGAUGGCCCCUAGUUCUUAUAUUAUGGGAACAAGUAUUCUCUAUCCCUUUUUUAUUGAUUCCUAACAUCCUGUUAACUUUUUUGACUGCCCCUGCACACUGCCUGGACGUCUUCAGAGAACUAUCCACGAUGACUCAGGGGUGUCUGAGGUCAGGUUGCUGGAAGCUGGCAGUUUGCUUGUGGGGACUGUAAGAGGGGGAGUCCACGGCUUCUGGCCCAGGACUCCCCAAGAUGGACUUGGCUGACAGUCACUGAUUUCUGUGCUAACAAAUUCUGUUCUAUGCUGUGUUCCUGUCGACUAAAAAACCUUCUGUUUUACACUGGCUGAGAGUCACGUCUGACUGCAGAGUUGGGGUGCAGGGCCCUCUGGCUUCCCCAGGAGCCCCGCCUGGGUGGACUCGCUGCGGGAAGCACACGGUGUGGAAGGGGAUGCUGAAUGCUCCGAGGUCAGAUCCAGGAAGGUGAAAGCGGUGCUACGGCGCUGCUCCUUCUCGUAGCUGGACUCGUCCCACCUCCGCAGUCUACAGCGCACCCCAGCCGCUCCCCAAAACUGGAGCCAUCCCUCCCCCGCCAAUGGCGCUGAAGGCCCCCUUCCCCAAACCGAGCGUGGGGGGAGCAAUGGGAGCAACGCCUGUUCGAGCGCUCAAGGCUCGAGCAAUUAGCGCUGAGUCCCGGCCCGGCGGGGCAAUGUUCCGCGCGCGCAGGGGUAAAGUCGGCUCGGGGAGGGGCAAAAGGCCGAUUAGCGCCCGCGGGUCUCGAACCCCCGGAGGGGCUGGCGGUUCAAGUCAAGAAGUAACCGCUGAGCUAGAGCCGGCCCACUAGGCAGAUCCGCCUGCAGGCCCUAAGAGUUCUCAGCCGGGCGUGACCAUGCAAAGGACAAGCGAGAGGAUAAACGUCAUAAACCGUUUAAAUUGCCCUCCCCGAGGCGGGUCCUGGAAGAGGAAAGGCUAACCCGGCGCCUAGCGCAAGCGCCUGACUGGAACGCAUCCACUCCUUCCCUGCCAGGACCGUUCCAUGCCGAGAUGGUGGCGCCCAGAGAGGGAACGUCUCAGGAGCUGGAGGCAGCCGUGCAGGAGGAGGAAGAUGCAGGGCAUAUGCAGGCAGAUCUGGAGCAGGAGGAGCUGGAGCCCAGGCUCCGAGACACCCCAGAGGACAUCUCCUUUGAAGCUGCUGCCAACACCAUUGCCUUCCACCCCAGCCAGGACAUCCUUGCAGCCGGCGAUGUGGACGGCGAUGUCUAUGUGUAUUCGUACUCUUGCCUGGAGGGUGGGAACCGGGAGCUCUGGUCCUCAGGACAUCACCUGAAAUCCUGCCGGGAAGUGUCCUUUUCCCACGAUGGACACAAGCUCUUCACUGUGUCCAAGGAUAAAUCCAUCCACAUCCUGAACGUGGAGGAGGGCCGGCUGGUGACACGCUUCUCCAAGGCUCACAGCUCGGCCCUGAACAGCCUGCUGGUGAUAGAUGACCACCUCUUUGCCACGGGGGAUGAUGGUGGGAUGCUGAAGGUGUGGGACCUCCGCAAAGGCACAGACAUCAUGGAGAUGCGGCAGCAUGAGGAGUACAUCAGCAGCAUGGCCAUAGAUGAGAACAAGAAGCUCCUGCUCACCACCAGCGGUGAUGGAACCAUGGGUGUCUUCAACAUCAAGAGACGGCGCUUUGAGCUGCUCUCAGAGCCUCAGAGUGGAGACCUGACGUCCAUCGCGCUGAUGAAGAGGGGGAAGAAAGUGGUGUGUGGCUCUAGCGAGGGGACCAUUUAUCUCUUCAACUGGGACGGUUUUGGUGCCACGAGCGACCGCUUUGCAGUGAAGGCCGAGUCCGUCGACUGCAUGGUCCCCGUCACGGAGAAUGUCCUUUGCACGGGUUCCAUCGAUGGAGUCAUCAGGGCGGUGAAUAUCUUACCUAAUCGGGUGAUAGGCAGCGUUGGGCAGCACCUGGGGGAGCCCAUUGAACAGCUGGCCAAGUCCCACACUGGUCAGCUGCUGGCCAGCAGUGGCCACGACCAGAAGGUGAAGUUCUGGGACAUCUCAUCACUCCGCUCCAUGGUGGUGGAUGAUUACCGGAAGAGGAAGAAGAGUGGGCAGCUGAAGGCCCUGAGCUGCAAAGCCUUGGGCGGCAGAGAGGACUUCUUUGCCGACAUGAGAGAGGAGGCAGAGGCCCCGAAGGAGGAGCAGGAGGAGGAGAGCGACAGCAGUGACAGUAACUGAUGGAGCCCAGUGGCCUCUGGGAGAUUCCAUGGCCAGAAAGCUCCGUAGAGACAUGGACUAUGAAGCCAGCAGAUUCUGCAGCCAUGGGAAGGAUGCAUACUCACUGUGUUGUGGAAGCAGCUGGAGGCCGAGCUUAUUUCCCCAUAGAGGACUGGCUCAUUUGGGAGUGUUCUUGCAGGCCAGAGUGCUAGCAGGGCCCUUGGUGCAGCUGAGUUGACAAGGCGCAACAUCCCUCUCUGCAUUCCUCAUUAAAGGCCGAUAGAGGUCUUAUUGGGAGAGGGGCUGGAACCUCCUGCCAGCUGGGAUGACCAGGCUUUGUUUGGAAAGAAGCAACUCUCCUGAUGGGAAAGGAGUGUCUCCAGUUUUCUCUCUCCAAGAGGAAAAAACCUACCUCAGACCCCUCUCCACCCUCUGCCCCAGCCCUUCCCUUGUGAGCUCUCACGAGCACCAGCUGCUUUAUGGGACCAGGGCUGAGUCCUGAAUUCCUUCCCCAGCCCUGCUGGUUGGCAGGAGCCUAGAGGUGAAUGUGGUGGUCUGUGCUCCAGGAGCUCUCUCCAAACUCCUUUGUGUACCAAAGAAUCCCUGCAGCCUCUGGAGCAUGGGAAAUGCAGAGAACAAUGUGUAUUCCAGUCUCCUCUGCAUGGAGCACUGGGCCAGGGCCCUAGAGCAUCUGGCUGUGCUUGUCUGAAGCAGGUGCCUGAGCUCUGAGUGCCGCUUGUGGGAUUACACAGCAGAGGGUUCCCCGUUGCUCCUGUGUCACCCGAGAUGCCGAAAGCCACUUUCUCAGAACUGCUGCUUAGGCACCUGUAGUAAUGAGAUGUGGGACAGGGAGGGGAAUGGGAAGAAGAAUCCCCCCGGCUGCCAGCCAUGUUUCACACCAACCCCCUCCCUGGCUUCUUGAAGUUUGCUACAAAAUACUGAGCUCAGAGCCCCUUUGCUGGUCUGGGCAAUAUGGGCACUGUUGCCAGCUGUAUUUCUGACAGGCCAGGCUCUCCCCAGCCACCCUCACAACUUCUCCUCCCUUUAAAGGUGUCUUCAAGAAAAACAACAGCCAGUUGCACCAGCUUCUCUCCAAGCUGGGAAGAUUCAUGUAGACAAGAAACUUGGACAAGCUACAGUGCAGGGCCCAGUGCUGCCUGUCUCAGGAGAGUAACUGAUUCCCAUUGUAAAUUUGUAUGUGAAUAAACCACCAGGAAGCCUGUGUCCCAA